AGGAAAAAACAACAAGCGGCGAACGCUGGAAUUGAAUUUAAAGAGAGUAUAAGGCUAAGGGGUUUAAGGAUGAUUGCAACAGAGACGCCAGUCAAGAGAGCCUGUAAUAUCGAUUGGUUUUUAUAAAAGAAGAAAAAAAAGGACUCAAAGUAUAGACGAAUCUACUAGACUCGUAGUUACCUACAAUCUAUCAAGAAGAAGAAGUGCUGGUGGGAAAAAGAGGAAUUGAACAGCCGCCGAGAAAAGGUUUCCUUCUUUUUUUGUAAACAGCACGGACGCGUAUAAAAUGGGAGAGGAAUUAUAGUGAGGAGCAGACGGGAGCAUUGUGUGUGCGAGAGGUUGUUUGGAUCGAGCUACUACUACCAGCACUCGUCACUCUGGCCGCCCCCUCUUUUCUUUUUUCUACUUUUUUAGUUUCUUUUUUCGCUCGUCCCUGUUGAUUCUGCACACAGCUGCGCAAAGUGGCUGCUGCGCCACGACAUGGUCGGAGUUGAUCCCGAUGAGGAGAGAGCCGAGAGAGAGCAGGAAAGUUUAUAGAGCAUGACCCGAGACGACGGGCUAGCCAGUUGUCCCGCCACUCUGGCCAUGGACUGCUGGACCCGUACAAAUCCCAUACAAAGCAAAUAAAUCAAAUCCCUAUUGCUAUUCUUCUUCUUCCGGUGGUGCACCGUGUGUGAUCCUGGCAGUUGGGCAGGACGACGACGCAAAAGUCGAAAAUCCACUCCAUCAUUUGAUCCGUGAUUUUUGUUUCAAGUUUGUUUGCAUGCACGACUAGCAGCAGCGACUGGCACAGCACAAUUGUCAACACAAACCAAAUGGGCUCCUGGCUGGAACGAAUCUACGGCUGCUGCUCCAGCGCGGAUUGGUGCUGGUGGCCCAAUUCAAGCAGGAAGUAUAAUCCAGCGGCGGCAUCUGGCAGGGACGACGACGACGACGACGACGCCCUGAUUGAGGCGACGACCGGCAGCUUCGAAUCCAACAGCGGCAGCAGGAUCGCCAUGCUCUCCCGCGGCAAAAUUAAGUAUGUCAAGGCUGGAGUUGUGAACCACACGGGAUCCUCGCACAUUGGGAUUCCCAUCAUCGAUCCGCUGAUUGGCCAGGAUUACAACAACAGUAGUAGCGGCGGGACGCAUCGUCAGAAUCAUCAUCAGCGGCAGCAGCUGUUCACGCAACUUCAUCAGCACGCCCGGCUCCUGGUCAACAAGAACAUCUUUCAUUGGCAUCAACAGACGCACCAUCAGCAUCAGUGGUGGUGGGACUCGAGCACUCCGCCCUCCUCUGUCGAUCUCGAAUGGGAACACGAAGGUUUAAUGCCGCCGGUGAUGGAAUCGGCCAGCGAGGAUGGAGAAGCCGAAGCGGAGGACCAAGAUGAGGUGGAUUUGUACGAUACAGCCGAUGAAGGGGAAGCGGCCGAUGAAGGAACGAGAGCGACGGAUGUGAUGGCAAGGACGACAAAGAAGACUGCCGGCCCAAAUGAUCCGGUCGCUCCCCAUCGAUCCCCGUCACCUUCUUCCGCUUGCCACUCUCUCGAAUGGGAUUCCAACGGCGACGAUUUCUUCGGACACGAUUGCCGGACACACAACAUCAAGGCCUUUUCAUCCUAAAUGAUCCUGAAAUUUUUCCCUCUCUGUGUGUGUCCCCUCAAGAGAGCCGGGACGAAAAUCGGGAGGGACAGUGAAGAAGAGCACACAGUAAGGUGGAAAUAAAAAGAAAACAAAAAGGAAUAACAGAAAAGAAGGAAGAAGAAGAAAAGGGAUCAUGAGAUUUUCAAAUAUAUCCCAGUAGGGCAGGGGAGAAACGAGCCUGGAGGCAAAUCCAAAUGUCAUUUUGGAGGACCAAACACCAAAAAAAGAAAAAGAAAGCGAAAAUAAUAGAUGUCGACCUACACUACUACCGCGAGCUCCUUGUUCAAGGCGAGGAUCAAUAAGGCGCCAGCAGGCAUUAAAAGAGCGCUCUCUACUCGCUCCUUUUUUUUCUUAGGGAACAAUCGAUCCACGUUCCCGGCGUGUGAGAGAUCCGUCGGUACGUACGGGAGGGCUUCCUCUUGGCUUUGCACGCGGACAUAGAUGGCGACACUCGGCCUCGACGGCUCCUAAGCCCCCACCGACUGUACACACAACCCCGCUCGCUCCCGACAUCACCCAAAUAGACGAGUGAACGGCGAUCAAGCGAUUCCAAGGCCUUAUGUAUUAUUUUUGGGGGUUGUUGUUGUUGCUGUUGUCUUCGUCUCUCAUCUCUCGUGUUAUCAUCAUUUCACUUGUGUGUCUUUUUACUGUACACGUCUGUCUAGUUGUCUUCCAUCUCUUCACCCAGAGGUAUUUAUUAAGGGAUGUUGUACAGACUUGUGUGUGAGCAACGGUGGGAAGAAAUGUGACUGGCGUCGGCUGGUGUGAGCGGAAGCAGCAAAUCGUCUUUCAAAUGGUCAUAUCAUCAUUUCGCGGCAGCGUUCAAAGGCUCCUCCCGCGCUCUGAUAACAGACGAAUCUUGAACGCGCUUGUUUAGGAUAGCACGAGAGAUAUCCCGUAUUGUAUUGCAGUGUGUCUGUCUGUCUGUGUGUGUGUGUAUAAUAUGUGUGGAUUGUGAAUGUGUGUCGGGAUCAUGUUGUUAUAACCCCCCACCCACCCCACGUAAUCGAUUUUUCAUCAAUCUGGAGCGGAUGGUAAAAUGUCAACGUGUACAUAGGCAACGUGCGAGAAGGGCGUCUCUUAUCAUCUUGUUACUGUCACCUCGUCUUGAAUAACGCAAAUAUAUCUGAAUUUGAGCCA